AUGACCUCCCCCGUUCCUCUCUCCCUCACUCCCCUCCAUCCAAAAUAUCAAGCACGCUGCCGUCGAGCCAACAUCUUCAAUGUCCAUCAACUCGUUCUCAUACCACCGAAUGAGCUCGCAGGACUCCUCGGCUUGGGAGUAGAAGAGACCCUCCGUGGAGUACUGGAGGUGGUGGUUAGGGGAUGCGUACCGAGGUGUCUUCGCUUAGGAGUGGGGAGACGUAGGCGCGAUGAGAGGGAAGAUGAACGGAGUCAGAGCGGAUCGGGGAAGGGAAAAGAGAGGCAGAAGGAUCUUGAGGUCUCCGAUGGACUACCCUUCAAUACAAGCUCUGGGGGCUACCGCAUCACCUCUGGUGAUGCAGGCCUAGACGCAGCGCUGGGAGGUGGAAUCCGCACGGGCAUGCUGACAGAGAUUGUCGGUGAGAGCUCUUGUGGCAAAUCACAACUGGCUCUGCAGCUCGCCGUACAUACCGCCUUGGGCUCCAUGGACAGACCGGCGGGGUCAGUAGCUCUGAUGAUCUCAGAGGGAGAUACUCAAGGGAGCAUUGCAGUCAGACGCAUGCUGGAUAUGGCAGAACGUCUCACUCGACGCCGCUGGAGGAAGAGCUACGCUCACGCAAAUGAGAACGGAACAGCUGAUGAUCGGGACGGUUCCAAUCGCUCGGAGUCUGUGGAAAAGCGGAGACGUCUUUCUGGGCCAAGAUUAGACCGAGGGAAACCCCAGGAAGAAGAUGAGGCGGUCGAGUUUGCCAAGCAGCAGGUACUCAGAAAUGUUCACCUCGCCUCAAUACGAGACUUGGAUGCUCUAGAGCACGUGAUAGAGUACACCCUCCCUGGCCUGGCGCAACGGCUGCUAGAGCAAGAGACUCAGUAUCGUCAUAGAGCUCCUGUCGCAUCGCAAGCUUCAUCCUCAAGUGAUCCAGCUCCUGCACCCUCUCCGCCGCUGCGGCUCGUGAUAGUGGACAAUCUCCCCUGCCUCUUCUACGCUACGCACCCUACCUCGAUGAACGCCAUGGUCGCUCGAUCUCGCGCGCUGGGCAGUCUGUCUGACGGACUCAAGAAGAUCGCUCGGAUAGGCAGUCCUCUGGAUGCCACGAGAGAUAAGGGGAGCGUCCGGGUCAAGAAUGAUCCUACAGCCACGCCAGAAGCUGCCCCAGCGGAAGCCUCUCCAGCUGCGUACUCUGCUGACGAUGGUGGCUCAGCAGUAGUGAUCAUCAAUCACGUCUCGGACGUCUUUGAGCGGGACCUUCGAGCUCUGAGUGAAAUUGCCUCUUUCUCAAUCCCACCUUCAUCCUCAUCUUCGAGCGCAGCAAUGCAAAGCUCUUCACAGACGUCAAGAACGACGGGCGAGCCUCCGCUAGCGUACUCGCACCAGUCACCCCUCUUCUCAGGCCUCACCACUUCCGUACGUGCGGUCUCGAGUCUUAGCAGGAUGGACCUCCUGCAAGAAGAGGAAGAAGAUGAUGCUGCGCAGGGCCACCACUCUGCACUGCUCGGCAGACAAGUCCCAGACUUGUCCCACCUCGGAGGCGGUGGCGGUGGCUUUCCGACCAACUCCUUUCCCUCUGCCCUCGGCGCUAGUGCGGGUGAUGUAGAGCUGGAAGCCGAUCCUCUGAUCAGUGGAGCUUUCCCAGGAGCAAAGCAGGCUGCGCUUGGCCACGUGUGGAACAAUUGCAUCAAUGUCCGAAUCAUGCUCUGCAAGACGGGAAGACGAGUGCGCAAAUCGCUAGAGGAGAUUGAAGAGCGCGAGACCGACAAAGACAGGAACGGCCAGAACGGGGUACAACAUCCUGUCACGAAGAUCGAGAGAGAGGGGGAAGCUGCCUCGACUGGUGCGGCUGGCAGUCACCUCUUCCACUCGAAGCUCCGAACCUCGACUCCCAUCUUCACUGCUACCCUCGUCUUUGCACCGCACGCCCCCAUGCGAGAAAUCUUUUUCCGGUUGAGCGCGGCAGGUGUGCAGAGCCUCUCAAUCGCCGAGGUGAAGAGUGGUUUGCUACCCAUUGGAUAUGCGAGGGAGGAAGAGUGGGCCGAUGAAGAAGAGACGCAGCACGAGGGGCGGCAAGAAGAGGUAGUGAUGCAGAAGGAGGAGCAGACAGGGGAAAAGAUAGUGGUGCCUGUGCAGUCGGGCUGGAAUGACGAGCCUGAUGGUGGAGAAGACUUGGAGGAGGGCAUGGAGGAGCUUGAGGCCAUCAUGGGUCAAUUCGAGACGCCAGAGGCAGGACGAGAUCCAUCUUGA